AUGGACAAAUUCAAAGUCAUUCACAAAGAGGCUAAGGAUAAUGUAUCCACUGCACAAUUCAAGAUGAAAGCAAGACAUGAUGCUAAACGUAAUGCGCAGGCACCAUUGUUCAAAGUAGGGGAUAAGGUACUCUUGAAAGUACCAAGGAUUAAACCAGGGUUAUCUAAGAAAUUCAAAGGCCUUUUCAGAGGUCCGUACAUCAUAUCUGAAAUAUUACCCAACGGAGCAACCUAUAGAUUGAAACACUUAUCAGGUCAACCAGUAACUAAUACGUGUCAUGCUGACCGAUUGAAACCAUACACGGAGAGAGUAGUGAAGGCUGCUGUGCCACAGCCUCCUCAGGCCAAUGCGCCACCCGACACUUCUGAUGAUGAAUAUGAAGAGGUUGAGUCAGAUACCGAUGAUGAUGAUAUGGAUGAUACGCCUGACGUCGGCAGGACGUACACCAUAGAGAAAAUUCUCAACUGUAGAGUUGUGAAUGGGGAAAAACGCUAUUUAAUCAAAUGGUUAGGUUAUAAUAGGCACCACAACACCUAUGAACCGGCACGGAAUAUUCUUAAUAAACAACUGAUCGCUGAUUUCGAAAACACCCACACAGGCAACAAGAAAUCAACCUCCAAAUAG